CAUCAGAGGCAGCUCAUCGUCAAGGCGCCAGACGCGCCAAACUCAAACAUACAACAACAACGACAACGAGGACCGAUUUCUCAACAAGAAGACUAUUUAAUAACGUUAAGUUAGUUACGAUACAGUAAGCGCAAAGAAGGCUAAGAACAUCCCUGUGCAAUUUUAUGAGAUCACCACCAUGAAGACCUCCAAACCAGCACUGCAGACAUCUGCUCAAGAGGAAUGUGGUGUUUGGCUGGACACUGUGCAACUAAAAGGAAAAGCUAAACAGAAACGACUCACUCGUCCCAUUUCUAAACUGCUAAAUCCCUUCACUGGAGGUGGGGGAUACAGUUUGGCUGUGGCACUCAACUUCACUCAGACCAAACUGGAAAUACCAAAGACCAAACAGAGCUCUAUAUCAACCUUCUUCACCACACAGCGCAGAGUUCUCAAUAAGAUGUCUUCUUCUGAAGUACCAAACAUGGAUCCAGUGCUGCCUUCUUCAUCAUCUACCUCGUCCACAUCUUCCCUAACUGCACCCACACCUGUAGCAUCGGGGACAAAACGAAGACGUGAAGUAGACCUUGAAAUGUUUAACUUGUAUAACUCUGAGGCUGAAUGGCAAAGUGAAAAUGUGCCCGAGCCUGAAGCAGCAGUGUGGCAGGAGCAGGCAGCCAGCAACACAACUUCCCAGAACAUGGACUGUGAAUUUAAAGAAGAGGAGUUUGAGGAGAUUAAUCCACCACAGUGUAAGAGGAGGCUCACUGCCACCUCCUCAGUACCAGGCGACAGUCAACCUAUUCCACAGGCUUGGAGUCAAGACCCAUUGCUCUCCUGUAGCCAAUAUUUUGAAAGUGAAUUUUACCCGACUAAUCAGAAAAACAACACAGCCAAGAACUUUAGUGACUCUGAACCAAGUUUCCUUAACAGUCUACAAAGUGAGGAGGCCUUUGGUAUUCUGACGGAUAUCGAAGUAAGAACGUCGACUCAAAAAUCCCUUAAACAAUUUCAUUCUUCUCAGUUGGAUGAUGAGAAAGAAAACAGCAGGUUUUUGUCGUCCAAGUCCCCAAGCAAGCACUCAACUCUGUCUCAUAUUGAACCUCUUUCAAAUCAUAAAUGGGCAGAACCAAAAACCGCAUCACCUCGAAAACAUAUUCCAGUGCACCUGUGGAAAAAGGCAGAUAAAGAAGAGAGCCCUGACUCGCAGUUCAAGUGGACAAAACAGAGUAGCUCUCCCCUUAAAAAACUGUCAGCACAGCAGUCGUGCAGAGCUUUCGACGAGGACAGUCUGGCUAUGUUGUUCACCCAGGACUCUGAAGGCUUCAGGGUGAUAGCACACAGAGGUCUGCAAGCCAGGAGUCCAUUCAAAGAUCAGAGUAACAUAAGCACUGGGGUUGUAAGAAGUAGUGCUUAUAAAUCUCUGGUGGAGGAGGACGAGGAAGACGAGAUGCUCUUUACUCAAGACUCUCAGGGAAAUAUGGUGAUCAAACACUGAAAGGAGCCUUUGAAACUCAUGAGUCUUAUGCUAUUCUAGUCUGGAUGUGAAUAAUUGAUCCCUGCUUUUUAAAUGAUUUUUUUUCCAUGCUGCCAGAGCAGUUAUAAAAGUGAAACCACUUGUUUGUUUGUUUGUUUCCAUAUUGACUGAUUUACUUUUAGCUACUUUAAAACAAAAAAUAAUAGAUUUUUUUUGUGACUAUCUUCUUGACUUUCUUCAUCUGUAGAUCUUGUAUUUUCCGGGGGGGGUUAUAAUCAUAUUUUCUUCCUGUUUUGAUCUGUCAUGCUGAAAUGCGAUGCUCUCUUUUGCAAAAACACAAACAAGCGAGAACUGAGGGUUUGGAUUUUAUUUGAAAAACAAUACACAGUUACAUCAAAUUGUUUUCAUGUGAAUUAAAAUGUUUUAAAAGCUU